AAUGUUUAUUGUAUGGUAGCGUAUGCGCAGGCCAGUCGCCGAUUCGUCGUUGCCUGCGUUGUCCGCGCCGCGCGGCAAGAGUUUUCCAGCUACGGAAAAAUUGUGUCGCGAGUGCCUCGGACACAAGGCAAAAUUGAGACUGUGUCCUUCACCUUACCUGUGCUAGACUCUCCUGACUCUGUGUUAACGUGAUGGAUUGUGUGUAUGGCGUAUAAGUGUGUACAUAGUGAUUUUCUUUGCGGCAGCGCCCCCGGUCCACCCUUCUGUUUCUGACACUUCCUUACUACGUAAGUUGGACUACGAGGACGAAUGUCACAGUAAAUCAUAACUACUGUUCAAUAUUAUUAAGCUACACCAAUUCCACGAUGGAGACGACACGGCAUGUGUCGGUCCAUUGGCUGCCCACUAUAGUUCUUCUUUGUUCCUUCUGCACGACACACUCGCUCAAUAACAAGAUUCACGAGCACAUGACACCGGACGAACUCCGAAAUGUCUUCCACGUCGAAGAUCAAAGCCACGUGCCAAUAUACCACCUAGUUCACUUAACCCACCACCUCUCCAGGCGGUACAUACCAACCUCCCACUCCUCAAACUCACAUACCUUCAACCCUCAGAAGGUACCACACGAAAAGAUCUCAAAAGCAACAAAAGCAACCAGCCCAUCAUCUCUUCUAAAUGAUGAGAUGUUUAUUAAAGCAAAGGAAUAUAUCAAAGAUGUUGAUUUAAUUGGUGAUUUAAAUAAUACAGUGAGCGUGCAAUUUAAUGUAUCGAAUUCUAGUGAAAUUAGUGAUAGUGCUAGUGAUGGUGAUAAAGAGCAUACUGUGGAAAACCAGGAGGACGAUGUACAUAAGAUUGAGUUGGAGGCGUUUGGGAAACAGCUGAAGUUGGUGUUGAAGAAACAGGAGGGGUUGGUGAAAAAGGAUGGGUUAAGGAUGUGGAAAGUACUAACUAACGACUCUCAGCCUCACGGGGUGAAUUAUGAGGAAAUGAAAUCGGAAGACGGAGAAGAUAUCGGGGAUCUCUACCACGACGACGAGAACGGCGCAGCUCUACUUAUUAGAAGGCAUCCAAAACACGGAAAUCUUGUGGUGGAAGGCUCAAUAGGCCACGACAUGGUGAUCCGACCACUCCCGGACACGAUGAAGGCGGUCGCACCGGACGAUGAGAUGUUCAUGGACCCCUCCACCAUGGCUGACAUGGUGUCCAUUGACACUGGACUUCCUAUUGUAAAGAGAGAAAAGGCUGAACAAGAGAGGUUGCAGGAGACGCUGCAGGGCGCAGCACAUGUCAUCAUAAAGAGGGACCCCGCGCAUGACGACCACUCCGGCGAUUAUGCUUUCAUGGAACCAGACCACUUGGCCAAGCGGUUUAGGCGGAGAAGAUCAACGGAACCCCACAGUCGCCGGAAGCGAGAGGCUCCUUACGUGAUAUACCCGGAGAUCCUCGUCAUCGUCGACUACGACGGCUACAGGUUACACGGAGGCGACAAUCUGCAAAUAAAACGUUACUUCGUGUCCUUCUGGAACGGCGUUGAUCUGCGAUACAAACUUUUAAAAGGGCCCAGAAUAAGGAUAUCAAUUGCCGGCAUUAUUAUAUCGAGGGGUCGUGAUGCAACGCCAUAUCUAGAAAGGAACCGCGUGGGCCGCGACGCCAUCGACUCGGCAGCAGCGCUCACUGACAUGGGCAAGUAUCUCUUCAGAGAGAGAAGACUGCCAGUGUAUGAUAUCGCCGUUGCUAUCACCAAACUAGACAUGUGCAGGAGGCAAUAUGCGAACGAUGCGUGCAAUAGAGGGACAGCAGGAUUCGCUUACGUUGGAGGAGCCUGCGUCGUGAACAAGCGGUUAGAAAAAGUAAACUCAGUCGCCAUCAUUGAAGACACUGGCGGAUUCUCCGGUAUUAUUGUAGCAGCACAUGAAGUCGGACAUUUACUUGGAGCAGUUCACGAUGGUAGUCCACCGCCUUCAUACUUAGGAGGUCCAGGAGCUGAAAAGUGCCGAUGGGAAGACGGCUUCAUCAUGUCUGAUCUUAGGCACACAGAGAAAGGCUUCAGAUGGUCUCCUUGCAGUGUCCAGAGCUUCCAUCACUUCUUAAAUGGUGACACCGCGACCUGCUUAUACAACUCCCCGCAUGAAGACGAUUCGUUACCUCGAGUACUUCCUGGCCGAUUACUCACUUUGGACGCCCAAUGUCGGAAGGACAGAGGGACCAGCGCAUGUUUCAAAGACGAGCGGGUCUGUGCCCAACUUUUCUGCUUCGACGCAGCAAGCGGAUACUGCGUUGCUUACAGACCCGCGGCAGAGGGCUCACCUUGUGGCGAUGGACAGUAUUGUAUAAACGGUCGAUGUAUAACGGAGCAUGAGAAUAUUAUACCGGACUACUCACAGCAUACGCCAAGCUACGUGCGACCUGAGACUAGUCCAUUUUACGGAAACAUAACGAGUAAAGAAGCCACAACUCAGCCAUAUGUACCUAUCACGGAAGCGCCAGGACCAUAUAAGCAUAAAUACAGUUCAUAUUACCAAAAGAGUACAAAAUCGGAAUACACGUCAACGACUACUACAACAACGACAACAACGACACCACCACCAACCACAACAACGACAACAAUGACGACACCAACAACAACAACAACAACUACUACGACUAUAAGGACAACAGUGAAUCCAUUCAAAUUUUUCCACUAUGGUUCAACGAAACCCUCAACUAAGAGCACAGAGAAAUCAACAGAGGCGACUAAACCGUCGAGUACAUAUCCACCAUCAAUAAAUAAGUACUCUGUCACAUCUACAAAGAAUCCAUACGACUUCAAAGAAUACAGUUACAGUACCAAACCCACAAAAUCAGAUACACCUAAACGAGGUUUCCUUAGCAAAGAUGAUUUGGAGAGCUACUUUGGGCGGGGUACAACCAAAAGCCCUUUCUUAGGUAAAGGAGUAAAACCUGUCUUCAAAAUAGGAACGUAUAACGAAGGAAAAUCUUUGGACAACUCAAUUAGACCCGAUGCGAAUUCUCAGCAAAUUCAAAUUGAACCGGCGAGAUUAGCCUUCUCUUAUCAAAGGAACUUGACGUCAGGGGAGAUUAUAAGAACAUAGAAGUGCCAAAAUAAUAUAUUGUAGCCGCCACUAGCAAAUCGAGCGGACUAAAUACUGAAGACUGCUUUGCUGGACGUAGAGACUGGUACAACUGUGCCAACUAACGCCUGGAGAGUUCAUAUCCGGGCAGUCCCCGAUCCAGCCUAAUGAAUACAUUUCCGACUGUGAAACGUGCGCACAUGCCUAAUAUGAAUAUUACCUCGGUAAUACUCUCAUAUUGUGAUAUUAAAUAUUAUAUGAAUAUACAAAUAUACUAAACUGAUUUAUAUUUAAAAAUUAAACUUUCAAUAAUAAUUAAUCUAAGAGGUAAUAUUCAAUAUUCUGCGGGUAAUCAAAGGAGUGUGACGCACAAGUGUGAAUAAAAUGUGUCUGAAGACAGGACUUAGUGUCAGACAUAGUUUUGUGAGUGAUAUUACAAUGUGAUUGUGUUAUGUUUAAUGAACUCUUAAGUACAUUAUUAUAAUCUGUAUAUUAUGAACAAAACCGAUCAAAAUGUGAGUAAUGAUUCCUCCAUAUGGUUUUGAAACUACUGUAGAAAUAUUUUCUUAGACUAUAUUUUUGUAAGCUGUUGUAAAAAAAAUAUAAUUGUUUUAAGGUGACAAACAAAAAACUGCCACGAAGUGCCUUUUUAUAAAUAUUAAGAGAAGUAUAAAAUUAAGGCUCACGCUGGACAAUGAAGUCCAAAUAUGCAAAGUUAUUUUGACUUGAACUUUAAUUUUAUGUACUCAAUUUUACACAUUUUAUGAUAAUACUCUCGCCUGUUUAGGCAUCACAAAAACUUUUUUGAAAAAUAAGUUUAUUUUUAUUGUUAUUUUAUUUUUGUUCAUCAUGUUCUUCCAGCGACUGGUUCGCAUCUUUUGAUAAGUCGCAUAAAGACAUAAAUUAUAUAAACAAAUAUAUACGCGACUAUAAUUAAAUAUUAAGUGACUACUUAUAAGCGAAAAUAAUGGCUACUUUAGUCAUUAGGAAUGUGGAUUGCUUUUCUUUAACUGGAAUAUGACCCUAUUUAUCUACCAGGCUGGGACGUUGAGCGCUCGCAUCUCAAAUCGAGAUUUUUCUUUAUAUAUAGUGCCAGAAUAUGGGUUGAAGUAUCCAGAUGAAAGCGAUUGUAGGUUUUUGGGUACCGGUAGUCACUUAUUAAACCACGCAGUAAUAUUGUAAAUUACUAUAUUUUUAUAUAUUUGUUUUCAUAAUUUAUUUUUUCAUUUUAGUUUAAGUUACUUUCUCUCUUGUUCUAUAGCGAAUACUUGUGAACAAACUUUUAAACUUGUUAUAGUAUAAGUCUGUUUUUAUUUCUUUUAUUUAUGUGACAUAGUUGUGUAAUUCUUAAAGUUACCAUAGAUUAAAAAAUUAAAAGUAGUAUUUUGGCAGUUUAAUUUAAUAAAAUAGGACAACGCAGCGAGCUUCCAACAAUGACAUCACUUGCCUUUUGUAUAAUUAUUUAUUCUAUGCCAAUAAUUUAUAUGUAUGAACCAACUUGUAAGUUUUCUCCUAAAUUGUCUUUUAAGAAAAAAUAUAAAAGAACCAAUAU